CUAGUGGAGACGUCGGGUAAUGGAAACGUCAAUCAGACCUGCCGGAGCUUGUUUUGAAACUAAACUGAUGGAAAUUUAAAUUUUUAUUUUGCAAUCGUGUGAUUAUCAGUAGUGAUUUACGAAAAAAGGGAACAUAUGAUAAAUUAUAAUGAUAUCCACGUUAAUAAUCAAAAAUAUGAUGCAUCAGCCAUCAAGAUACAUACUUUCAGCACCCCAAGUCGUUCAGCCCGGUUCUAGAACUAAUCGCCUGUUGCAGACCACUAGCUGGAGAAACUAUUCAGUAAUCGAUCAAAAUACAAAGAGCUGUAAGGCAAGACGUUCCACCCACAGCCAGAUCAAACAAUAUCCAGCAGUAUUUUUCCGGAAUGCCGUUCGACAGGUUUCAAGUGGCAAUUUUCAAGGGAAUAGCUUGAACCUGAAUUUUGAACGGGUAGUUGAAUCAUCGGAAGAAAAACUAUCUGUAAACCAAUUUACUACUCGUACGCAUAAUUGCGGUGAGCUUCGGACUGCCCAUGAAGGCCAAGAGGUGGCCAUUUGUGGAUGGUUGGAAUUUUCCAGACUGAACAAGUUUUUCACGCUCCGAGAUGGCUAUGGUAGCACUCAGAUAUUCAUUCCGGAUGAAUUGGCUAGCGAGGUAAACUUGAACGAUAUUCCCUUCGAAAGUAUUUUGAGGGUGGAGGGAAAAGUGGUCAAACGUCCCAAAGGACAGGAAAAUCCACGUUUAGCAACCGGAGGAAUCGAAGUUGUACUUCGAAAGGUGGAAGUACUAAACGAAGCUAGAAGUAGAUUGCCCAUCGAUCUUAAAGAGCACAACAAGGCUAAGGAAAACCUGCGUCUGGAGCAUCGAUACAUCGAUCUCAGGAGCCCACAGAUGCAGCGUAGUUUGAGACUUCGAUCACAGAUUAUCAUGAAAAUACGCGAAUACAUGAUCAAUCAGUGCGGAUUUGUGGAAGUGGAAACUCCAACGCUUUUUAGAAGAACGCCAGGGGGUGCGCAAGAGUUUGUAGUUCCUACGCGAAAACCAGGGCAUUUCUAUUCCUUGGUACAGAGUCCGCAGCAGUUCAAGCAGAUGCUGAUGUCCGGAGCCAUCGAUCGGUACUUCCAGAUUGCACGCUGUUAUCGGGACGAGGCAACGCGACCAGAUCGUCAACCGGAAUUCACCCAACUCGAUAUUGAGCUGUCCUUUACCGAUCGGGACAAAAUCAUGAGCCUGUUAGAAGGUGUGCUUGCCAGUUCGUGGCCUUCCGCCGAGGAGCCAUUGAAGGUUCCGUUCCAACGUAUGACGUAUGAUGAGGCCAUGACACGAUACGGGGUAGACAAACCGGAUACUAGGUUCGGUUUCGAACUGCAAGACAUUGGAGGCCUAGUGAAGUUGAAUUCGAACCUGUCGCUGGCGCAUGGUGAGCAAGAUUUUGGUGCUUUUGCAAUCGUCGCUAAAAAUCCUCUUAGCACGGCACCUUCAUCGCUUAAGAAAUCGUUAGAAGCAGUUUCGAAAGAGCACAAGAAUUGCCGUUUCGUGUUGAGUGCGAUAACAGAUAAUUGGUUAACAUCGUCAAUUGUUAAUUUAUUAAGUGAAAAUGUAGCUAAAAAUCUUAUGGACCACCUGUCGCUCCAAACUGGAGACUUACUUCUACUGGGAUUAGGCAGUCGCUCAGAUGCUCAAACCAUGAUGGGUCGUAUCCGGCUCGCAUUCUACGACAGUCUGGAGUCUCGAAAACUCGUCCCCACACGCUCCCCGACCGAUCAGAACCUUCUGUGGGUGUACGACUUUCCUAUGUUCGCGCCCAACGAGGAAACCGGCCAGCUGGAAAGUGUCCAUCAUCCGUUUACGGCUCCCCAUCCGGAGGAUUUGCAGAAACUGCGCGCGAAAACAGACCUACAUUCGAUCCGUUCGCAAUCGUUCGAUCUGGUUUGGAACGGAGUGGAGAUUGGCGGUGGAUCGGUUCGAAUCCAUAACGGUACGCUGCAAAAGAUGGUUCUGGACGAGGUCCUGCAGAUCGAGCAUGCUCAUCUCCAGCAUUUAUUGGAUGCAUUAGAAUGCGGAUGUCCGCCGCAUGGUGGCUUUGCGGUAGGACUCGAUCGGUACAUUGCACUUCUGUGUAAUGCACAAUCGAUUCGAGAUGUUAUUGCUUUUCCAAAGUCAUCCGAAGGAAAGGAUCCGCUUUCGAAGGCACCCGUGCCGAUAAGUGAAGAGGAGAAGAAAUUGUAUCAUAUUGUGACGGUUGAUGAGAGUUAACAACGUUUUGUCAAAGCAUUUGUGUGACAAUUAUUACUAGUCUCUUAAUACGGUAUUGAAUUAAGACAAUUAUUUAUCAGUUUAAAUUUGGAGUGUUUUGAAUGAUCCGAAUUAUUCAAAGUGUUGCUGAUAACCGUGGUCGCAGUCGGCGCUGCAUUGCUGAGUUCGAUUCAGUUGCAAUUUUGCAGUUGCUGACCACCCCAGAUUGGGGAAGUGUUCACACACCUUCAAAGUGUGAUUGCGGCGCAGGACCACGUUGGAUAAAUAAAAGAUGAUUCACAAAUGAAAA